UCCAAAACAAAGAGAACGCGUUUAAAACGUUCCGACAAAAUUCAAAGGAAAAAAAAAAGAGAUCCGACGAUGUCUGGUUCGACCCGAAAAGAAACGGAUCGGAUAAAAGGUCCAUGGAGUCCCGAAGAAGACCAACUCUUGCAGACGCUAGUGCAAAAGCACGGACCAAGAAACUGGUCUCUGAUAAGCAAACCCAUCUCUGGACGUUCCGGUAAAUCUUGCCGUCUCCGGUGGUGCAACCAGCUUUCUCCGGAGGUUGAGCACCGCGCUUUUUCGCCGGAGGAAGACGAGACGAUCUUACUCGCGCACGCGAGGUUCGGUAACAAGUGGGCGACUAUCGCUCGGCUUCUCAAUGGUCGCACCGAUAACGCCAUCAAGAAUCAUUGGAACUCCACGCUGAAGCGGAAAUGUAGCGGCGGUGGCGGCGGUUGGACGUCCAACGACGGUGGAAACGGAGGGUAUGAUGGUAGUUUAACUGAUGAACAGCCGUUGAAACGGACGGCGAGCGGCGGCGGCGGAGGAGUUGUGUCGACCGGGCUGUUUAUGAAUCCCGGGAGUCCAUCGGGAUCUGACGUCAGCGAGCAAUCUAGCGGACCAGUUUCGCAUGUUUAUAAGCCUAAGGCAAGAGCUGGUGGUGUGGUGAUUGAAUCUGCGGUGAAAGAUCCGGCGAUUUCUCUGAGUUUGUCUCUGCCUUGGGUCAACGAGUCAACUCAAGGAAGAGACACGGCGGAGCUGUUUCCAGCGAGGAAACAAGAGGAGGAGAGGGGAACAUUUAGUGGGGACUUCAUGAAGGUGGUGCAAGAGAUGAUUAAGACGGAGGUGAGGAGUUACAUGGCGGAGUUACAGCUAGGAAUCUGAGGCGGAGGAGGGUUUAGAAACUUUAUUGAAAUUGUGAAGAUCGAGUAGUGAGAUAAAUUUAAUAAUACUAAGAGCAUGAUUAACUUCCGCUAACAACCUCACUCUAAGAAUCCCGGAUUAAUCAUGGUGUAAGAGUUUUAUUCUUACAUGACACAGAACUGAACUCUAGUGAUGUUGUCUCGAAGCAGCAUGACAUCAGCAAGGCCGGGCCAUUGUUAAUUCCUUCACCCUCCAAGAUUAAUCCCCCACCUAAACAAAUAACAAUCACCUGAGCUUUUACGCCUAUUAUGGUUCUUCUAGCAUAAUCUUAUUUAAGAAAAAUAACUUCAUCUGACUACCUGAGUCUCUCGAGAUGUUUUUGACAUCAUUCAGUUUGUCUUUUGACAUAAUCAGAUGUGUACAAACCACCGCUCAGAACUGAAAUAGAAUCACAAGUAGCAAGAAA